AUGUUGCAAGAAAUACAACUCGUCCAAGGUCAAACAAACUACGUCGUAGUCUCGUCUGGUUACCCAUCAGCGACAGUAACAAAGACCGCAAUGGAGAAAAGGGUCGUACCUAUCGCUCCAGCUCCAGAAAAAAACUACGUCACACACGACACCCCUCCAAACUUGCAGUACAGGAAGAAAGUACAUUUUAGAACAAAUCCAUACACAGGUCCUCAGGCCGCAUCCAUCGCGAGACGAAAUGCAAGGGAACGGAAUCGUGUGAAGCAAGUAAACGAUGGUUUUAAUGCCCUUCGCCGUCACCUGCCAGCUUCCGUUGUGGCCGCGUUAUCAGGUGGCGCCCGGCGCGGAUCAGGCAAGAAGCUAAGCAAAGUGGACACUUUAAGAAUGGUGGUUGAAUAUAUAAGAUAUCUUCAGCAAUUAUUAGAUGAAAGUGAUGCUGCUCUAGGAAUAACUCGGGAUCAGGAGAAUAGAGAAAAUAUACCAAACGCCCAACUAAUGACAUCUAUGGACAUGGAUGACAGUUUUUUUUAUGGUAGUGGUUCACCCUGUUCUGAGAAACCUGAUUCACCUGCGCCCUCGGAGUGUUCUUCGGGCGUUUCAUCAGCGUAUUCUCCGGUGGAUACGAAUCGAUAUGAGGUGUCAACGCAGCAGAACCUCGGUCCUAUGGAUGAAGAUGAGCUCCUCGAUGUAAUUUCCUGGUGGCAGCAGAAAUAG